AUGAAUGAACCCACAGAGGAGACCAAUGCUGAUGAUGUUAAUGAUCUGAAUGAAGGUUCUGAUUUUGGAGAACCUUUUGUGGAUGAGCAAAGGGCAGAGGAACCUGUUACAGAAAAUCCAACAGAUAAUGUAACACAAACAAGUGAGAGGAACAAUGCAAAGAGAAAUCUUCCAAGGCCUCAACCGUCUGGGCAAAGAAUUGUACUUGGAAAUGAGGAUGAAGCACCAAGGGUAGAGGUGCCUAACCCGAAUAGAGAAGAUGUCGAUAGUGAACCUGAGAUGUACCAAUAUGAAUCUGGAGAACUCUAUAGCCCUCCUGCAUCUGAUGAUGAAGAGGAACCUGUAUUUCCUCGACAUAAUCCUAACACGCCAUAUGGAAAAAUAACUCUGGAGUUGAAUAUGGAGUUCGAGACCAUGGACCAGUUCAAAGCAGUAGUGCAGAAGUACAACAUACAAAUUGGGAGACAGGUAUUCUACCUUAGGAAUGAGAAGAAGAGGUGUAGGGUGAUCUGCUAUGAUCCAGACUGCCCUUGGUUGUGCUACUGUGCCAGGACCAACUACCCAGCAUCCUUUCAGAUAAAGACAUUUGAGGACGAGCAUACGUGCCCCAGGAGCAACAAGAGUAAAUCAAUUUCAUGUGCUUGGGUUGUUGAGGAACUGUUCCCAAAGCUCAGGAUCCAUCCCAACAUGCUGCAGAGGGAGGCACAUGAGUGGUUUAAAGAGGAGUAUGACAUUUCAGUCAACGAGAGGAUGAUGUAUAGGGCUAUGGACAAAGCCAAAGAAGUUAUUGAGGGAACAGAGAAAGAUCAAUACCUAAGGCUCAGAGACUACCUUAACGAAAUCAUGAAGGCUAAUCCUGGUUCAAGAGCCAACAUAGGGACUACUCCACAGCCAGAGGGGUUGCCUAGGUUUAGGAACUUGUACAUCUGUUUGGCUGCUUGCAAAAAUGGCUUUAAAGCAGGCUGUAGACCAUUUAUAGUUUUGGAUGUGACGUUUUUGAAAGGUUACUUUGGAGGGCAAUUACUAACAACCGUUGGUCAGGAUGCGAACAAUCAGCUGUUUCCAAUAGCAUAUGGGGUUGUUGAUGCAGAAACAAGGGAAAAUUGGCGAUUCUUUCUGGAGGAGUUGCACACUGACAUAUGGGACUACAAUAAGAAUGGCUGGAAGGAUAAGGAACUUAAGGCAGCAUUUUGGCAAUGUGCAAAAGUAACUACUGAUCAAGAAUUUAAUGAUGCAAUAGGAGUUGUGAAACGGAUCAACAAACAAGCAUGGGAGUAUUUGUCAAAAUUUGAACAAGAACAGUGGUCAAGAUCAAGGUUUUCAGACUGGCCAAAGGUAGACAGUUUGACAAGCAACAACUGUGAGUCAUUUAACUCAACAAUUGUGGGUCUUCGGGGGAAGAGCAUUUUGACAAUGUUUGAGGAGCUUAGAUUCUACAUCAUGAAGACAAUGGCAAUUCACAAGGACUCACUUAUGGCUUAUACUGGACAGAUAGCCCCUGUACAAGUUACAAUCCAAAGAAAGAAUGAGAAGCCUGAAGACUAUGUCCAUCACAAGCUCACCAUUGAGGCAUAUAAUAGGACUUACAUGUUUCACAUUAGCAGCAUACCGAGUCAGGAGUACUGGGAGCAUCACAAAGGGCUGCAAUGUCUGCCCCCUCUAUACAAGAGGCCUAUUGGCAGACCUACAAAGAAGAGGAGAAAGAAUAGCACUGAGCAAAGUUCUGGCAGCCAAUACAAGGCCAAGAGAAGAUACGGACAGAUAACAUGCCAAACCUGCAAAAGGGCUGGACAUAAUAGCAGAACUUGUCCUGACAAAGGAACUGGAACAGUUGACAAACCCCAUUUGUAG